UUUGAUGUUUCAGAUAUUUCACUCAUCUGUGCAUUUCUUCACUCGAUUUUUAUUUGUUGGUCUAAGUUUUUUUUCGAAUUAAAAUUAAGAUGCAAUUUUCGAUUGGCCAUUGGUAUCGGUUUGUUUUGUUUAUCAUUACAUUGUCGAUUUUAAUCAAUCAUAUUCGCAUUGAUUGUUAUCCAUUUUUACGUUCGAAAAGAGCAUUUUCCUACAUUGCCAAUGAAACUGCUUGUACUGUCGAUCACGUUGUGUACAAAGAUGGCGAUCCAAUACCAACCGAUGAUCCAUGUGAAACAUGUAAAUGUCGUCCCCCUGGCUUUAUCUGUAUGCUUCAACAUUGUGAAAUCAAAACUGGAUGUCGUGCCAUUCGUCAUGUCGGUGAAUGCUGCCCAUCAUAUCAAUGUGGAUGUGAACAUAAUGGUCAAUACUAUAAAGAUGGUGAACGUAUACACAAUGCUGAAAGCCCAUGCUAUUCAUGCUAUUGUCAAGGCAGUUCUAUCACCUGUUCAUUAGCAGAUUGUCAAUUUCGAUUCGAUUGUGAGCCCGAAUAUGUACUUGGAGAAUGUUGUCCUCGUUAUGAUCAUUGUCCUUCAGAAUAUGGCAUCGUACCCGGUGGAAUAAUAACCGAAAAAAUUCCACAAUUUAUUCAUACGAACAUUUCGAAGCAACAAUCUUCACCACCACUAUCACCUAUCGAUUUAAACGCCACUGAAAAGGCAGUAAUUGUGCCGGACCAUGUUCCUGUUAUUGUCGUCAAUAAACAUUUUGAAAUUGGCGCCAAUUUUACUGUACCGUCUUCAUCAUCACAAAAAACGACUCCUAUUCCAGUAAUUUCCGACUCUGACUCCAACAAGUUUCGAAAGUUAGACAACGAAAUCGACACAACUACAAUAGCACCGAAACCUGAAAUUAAUGAAGUAAAAACAGAAACUAUCAGUAUCAAUGCUGAUGAAGUUGUCAAUUCUACUGUCAAAAUCGAAGACAUCGAAAUGACUACUGAGCCGAAUGGUCAAUCAUUAGGACGAUCUUAUGAUGAAUCUGAAAUUAUGAUCAAUUUGACAUCGAAUGCGGAUGACACCUUCACCGAAAAGGAAAUAGCUGAAGACAUCAUAUCUGCAACGAUAAAACAAAAUAUAAAUUCACCUGACUCGAAAGACAUAAUGAGCGCAAUCACAACUACAGUAGCUAUGAAUUCAAUUACUGAUAAUUUAAAAAUAACAUCGACUACCGAAAGUAGCAUUCCGAAAAUCAUUGCAAUGAGUCGAUCUGAAGAUGAUGAGAUGUCAACCACAAUUUCACCAACAACAAUUUCUACCUUUGUCUUGAAUGAAACGGACAAAGUCAAUAACGACAUGACUACUCUUGCUGAUACUGAUUUUGAUUCAAUAAUCAGCAUGGCUACUGUCAGACCGUAGAUUCAUAUAAUUAUUUGUCAAAAUCAUUUUUAUUCAAUCUAAUUUUUCAAAAAUUUGAAAUAAAUUAUUAGUUGAAAUACAA